AUGUCAAAUGCAGAUGGACGACUUUCUCGCCUCGCGGAUUACAUGAACAAUCUCUCCGUCAAACAUUUCACAGACGUCGCCUUUUAUUACACAACAGCCACAUUCAGUGAGUUUAGAAAUAUCUAUCUAUCUAUCUAUCUAUCUAUCUAUCUAUCUAUCUAUCUAUCUAUUUUAGUCUGUUCAUAUCUAUCUAUCUAUUUUAGUCUGUUCAUAUCUAUAUAUCUAUCUAUCUAUCUAUCUAUUUUAGUCUGUUCAUAUCUAUAUAUCUAUCUAUCUAUUUUAUCUGUUCAUAUCUAUAUAUCUAUCUAUCUAUCUAUUUUAGUCUGUUCAUAUCUAUCUAUCUAUCUAUCUAUUUUAGUCUGUUCAUAUCUAUCUAUCUAUCUAUCUAUCUAUCUAUCUAUUUUAGUCUGUUCAUCUAUCUAUCUAUCUAUCUAUCUAUCUAUCUAUCUAUCUAUUUUACUGUUCAUAUCUAUCUAUCUAUCUAUCUAUCUAUCUAUCUAUCUAUCUAUCUAUCUAUUUUACUGUUCAUAUCUAUCUAUCUAUCUAUCUAUCUAUUUUAGUCUGUUCAUAUCUAUCUAUCUAUCUAUCUAUCUAUCUAUUUUAGUCUGUUCAUAUCUAUCUAUCUAUCUAUCUAUCUAUCUAUUUUAUCUGUUCAUAUCUAUCUAUCUAUCUAUCUAUCUAUCUAUCUAUCUAUCUAUCUAUCUAUACGGGUCCCAUAGGGAAGCUGACGACAAUGCUGUCAUUCCAGCUCCGUCGGUCUUCUGUGGGCUGCCAAAUGAGAUAGCAGGCCCGAUCCGCGAACGAAGUUCCCGGGCACAGGUGGUAGGGAAACAUGCCCGGUGCGGAUUUGGCAGGUUGCAGGUGACGCUGGCGUCGCCCUCCCAUCCUCGUCUCUUCCUCGUUGAAGAGCGCCACUCCGGCGACGCCGAGAGACCGCCAGCCGAUCCGAUCCCUUGCGAGUUUCUCUAA